AUGAGUUCAUAUAAAGGCCCUACAGGAGCAGCAGCAACAGCAGCAACAGCAGCAGCAGCAACAGCAGCAGCAACAGCAGCAGUAGCACCAAUAGCAGCAGCAGCAGCAGCAGCAGCAGCAGCAGCAGCAGCACCAGCACCAGCACCAGAAGCAACAGCACCACCAGCAGCAGCAGCAACUGCAGCAGCAGCAGCAACAGCAGCACCUUACCUAUGA